GAAAUUAGGUUUAUAGAUCGCCCCACUUUGGGAGAAUUAAAAAAAAAAACGAUUCAAGCCAGCUCGCAAGCUUGUGUGCCAGCUGAUGUUAUCACUUAAGCAAAGAAACUUCUUAAAACUGUGUUUAUUUCAGAGAUCCAGUUUUCCAGUCCAUGUUGUUUUUUGUUUGUGCUGAGUAUGUUUCCGUUGUUUUUGAAAUUUAUAUUUCGUCUGAUAAUAAUUAGUAGCAUAAUUGAUAAUAUUCUUUUAGUUAUUGUAAGAACUAUCGUAAAUGUAUUACAUUCAUCUCCAGUUAUAUCGUCCCCCCCAGCCAUUCAUAUUCUGAAACAAAAAACAAACGGAAACGGUUUUGUUUUGUUUUUUGACAACGUGCCAGCGCUUUGUCUACAGCGCCCUCUGUUGGUGUUUUACUCACGUUUCUAGAUGGAGUUACAUUGCAGAUAUAAACUUGAACCGUCUUUGACAUCUGUGCUUGUAGUCUUUUAAAUAUAAACAUGUUACUGCCCUGCCUGUUGGAAACCUUUUUAACCGUGUAUAUAAAUAACCACGAGAAAAAGAACUACUGAGCGCGUGUCACUCACUCGUUACCAAUUCAGGAGAAUGAUGGUGAACUCCCCGUCCCCUUUACCAGAAAGAGCCAUCUAUGGCUUCGUCCUAUUCUUGGGUUCUCAGUUUGGAUUCAUUCUUUAUUUGGUGUGGGCUUAUGUUCCCGAACCUUGGCUGCACUCUUUGGGUUUAACGUACUGGCCUCAGAAGUAUUGGGCAGUUGCUUUGCCCAUGUAUUUGCUAGUUGCCCUGACAAUUAGUUUCGUGCUACUGCUAGGCAUCAACAUGAUGAGCACUGCUCCACUUAACUCUGUGGACACUGUCACAGCAGGGCUCUUCAAUCAGUCUGCGGUGGAGCAGCAAAGCAGCUCAGUUUCACCUGGGCUUUGCCUGUCACACAGUGCCCAGCCCCAGACACUGCGGGGGGAGGGGGCUGCUGCAGCACUGUCAUCAGAGUCUGAGAUAAAGCAUCAAAAACAAACAGGGCUGUGAUCAAAUAGCAGCGCAGUGUUUAAACCCAAGUGUAAUGAUUUACCCCGGCCCUUAAUAUAAACUAAAGUAGAUCAGAUGUCAGAGCCCACUACUGCUAAGGGUGACUGGCCUUCACGUCCAGCUGAAUCCUAAACUUAGGUUUAGGGACCAAGUUGGAUCCCUGCUUCAUCUAUUAGGAACCCCCCGGUAUUCACCAGAGCAGUGGGCUUUGUUUAUCAGAAAUAAAGAAUAACUCAUUAUGUAUGGAAUAGAUAACUUACUGGAGCCUGUAUAGUCUUUCUGGAGGAUCAAAUAUUGAUUCAAAUGAACUCUUCCUGAAUAUUAGUUAAAGCACACAUAUGGCAGGGUUAAGUGGGUGUAAUAAUUGUAAACUUGUAUUUAAAAUGAAAACUAAAUGAAUGAUUACCAUUGAGACAUGUUACUUAAGGCAUUUCCCAUGAAUAUGCAGUGCAGAUGGUGAACCGGUGUUGGCUGGGUCUUUAUUCUUAACCUGUUGUUUCUUUUCCCACCAAAGUUGCUCAGUAAGGUCUAGAUCUCAAUCUGGAAGCAGGCUAAUCCAUCAACCUGGUCGUUUUCUGUGGCUGAGACUGAGUAAUAUGAACUGAUGUGUUUUGGGUCAUUUUAAAAUAGUUAUUGGUGUUUCCGUACGCAUGACAAAUUGGAAGUGACUAGCUUUGAGAAUCUAGCCCUAAAUCUGAUCACCAUUCAGUGACACUUCCUGAAGGGUACAGCAAGGGCCAAGGCUGCAAGGGCUUCCAUGCCUUCCAGUGGGGGUUGGCUGGUAAGAAUUAGCAAUCAGUCUUUCGUGGGAAGAGCCGCGGGCCAUUGCCCGCUGGCUGUAUUGUCAAGUACUGCAGUGAAGAUCCGUAGCCUGACUUGGGUGAUUUAUGGGAUACCAUCCAUCAGAUAAAAAACAAGGUCAAAAGGUAUACCUCAAGUGACCAAUACAGCAUCAAGGGUAUUUAUUAACAGAAAAGGAAAUGAGACACCAAAGAUAACUUCUGUUCUUUCUAGUGACAGCCAUGGGUCUCAGCCUAUUUCUCUCUUUCUGAGUCAAUCCAAGCUGCUUGUUUCAAUAACCAGUAUUUGGAUUGUCUUGUUUGGGUGUUGGUGACACAGCAGGUAGGGCUGUGACCUCGUGGUUGAAAGUUCACAGGUUCAAACCCUGCUCUGGACCACACUUGGUCAUGCUCCAUCACCAGCACCAUGUGCCGUGAUAACAUGCUACUUUGCAGACCUUAAGCGUCCUUGGCAACUUAUCAAAAAGAACUAGUGGAGGUAUUAGUCCUAAAUAACAAGAACAUGCACAAAAUAACCAUUUCACAUAGAGAUUUAAAUAGGAUAGAUUAUUAAAUGUACCUCUUGCACACAUACACACUGGAUGUUAUGCUAGACAGAAUCAAUUUUCAGGUAUUUAUUUCUUAGUUAAGCAUUCAUGUCUGACAAAGAUGAGAAUUCACUGUGGUGACGGUAAAGGAACGGUCAUUCUGGUAUUUCAGAGAGCUUCUACCUGUUGUAUAACAGCUACUCUACUUGUAAACUUAUUGGCUGUGACGGUUUAUAAAUACCUUUACUUGGAACAAAUGCUUUAAGUUAGUGUGCUGGGAGGCAUUGCAGUAAAGGUGCAUGUCAAUUGUAAUGUAUAUCUACAUCAUUUUAAGGCUUCAGUAUUUUUUAGGUUCAUUACAGGUUGUGUUUGUUAAUAACUGGCCACGCUGAUUUAAAGGGUACAUAAGGACCUUUUUAUUUUAUUGUGUUAUGUGUUCCCAUGUGUUACUUUUUUAAACUUUUAAAUUGCAUUCCCUGGACCUCUCAGAACUACAUUUCCCAUCAUCCUCCUGCUCACUGGUAAAUCCAUCUCAGUUACAUAUGUAAGCAGAAGGAUGAUGGGAAAUGUAGUUCUGAGCGGUCCAUGCGGGUACAUGCGAAGCCAUCUUGACGCAGGGAAUGCAAUUUAAAAGUUUAAAAAGUGGUCAAAAUGUAAAAAAAAAAAUUAAAUUAAAACAAUACACACACCUUACGUAAACAGUUGUAGCAACACAUGGGAACAUGGAACACAAUAAAAUAAAAAGGUCCUUAUAUACCCUUUAACUGAGACUACCCUAAGCAGUAGUUGCUUGCAAGUCACUGUACAAAUAUUAUUAUUAUUUGUUUAUUUAGCAGAUGCCUUUAUCCAGGGCAACUUACAGAGACUAGGGUGUGUGAACUAUGCAUUAGCUGCAGAGUCACUUACAAUUACGUCUCACCCCAAAGACGGAGCACAAGGAGGCUUGCUCAGGGUCACACAAUGAGUCAGUGGCUGAGGUGGGAUUUGAACCGGGGACCUCAUGGUUACAAGCCCUUUUCUUUAACCACUGGACCACAGAGCCUCCUUGUAAAAGCUUGUAAAAGCAGCCAAUCAUCAAUGUAAUUGAUCACUUGAAAGUAGAAUCCUGCUCUACUCCAAGACAUGUCAGGCAGCCCUCCUGGUCGCACCUCUGCACAGCUACUCUCCCAGAUGGUUCUGGUGUGGAUCCUGCCUUGCUGAACCUGUGGGACAGGUGAGUGACUCCUAUACCAGCUGCACAGCAUGGAGGAAUGCAGUUAAGAAAACUAAUCACACUUAACUGUCUGCACAGAUAAAAAAUAUACUGUAGUACUCUUGGUUAUUUUCAAUGCUAACUUCCACCAGGGCUUGUCUAAACUAUGCAUUGUAUCCGUCUUUAAAGAGUUAUAACCACUUUUUUGUUUUGCCUCGUAGUGCACCCCUUUUCUUGUGUUGAAGAUGUUUAGUUUCUUUGCUUUUUUAAAACCCUAAUUUGGGAUGCAUAUAAUUCAAUUACAUUGCUGUGAAAUGUUGGUCAAGCUGGAAGCCGACAAUAUGUGCUAUUUUCUUUUUAUCUGCAAUAUUAAUAUUGUUGGAAAUAUUUGUAUAUCCUGAA